AGUUUAUGAGUUCAGCCCUCACAGUUAGUACUGAAAAGAGAAAGGAUGAUAUACAGUAUGUGUUUCUCCUCUUAUUAGUGAUUAGUUAGUAUUAUCAAUGGAAGCAUGAGGGAAUACAGUCAUCUGCGUUUCAUCUGUCUUAUGUUACUGGAGAUUUUUACACUCCAGGCAGGGAACACACCUCAGUAUGUCGCAGUCACUAAACAGAAUGCAACAACUCCAGAGCCCCAAAGUGUUCCCAUUGUGAAGGUCUUCCCAAAAGCAUCGGUCGGCAUGAUCAGGAGAAAGAGGGAAUGGGUCAUUCCACCCGUCAACAUUCCAGAAAACGAAAAAGGCCCUUUUCCAAAGGAAGUGAUGCAGAUGAAGUCUACCGAGGCUGAUGUAAAGAAAAUGAUUUAUAAGAUCACAGGCCCUGGAGCCGACCAGCCACCCGUAGGUCUUUUCACAGUGGACAAAUAUUCAGGCAUGUUGUCUGUCACUAAUAAACUGGACAGAGAGGAAACUCAACAGUACAUUAUCACAAUUCACGGCUGGGCAGAGCGUGAUAACUACAUUGAAAAACCUGCCGAAAUAAUCAUCAAUGUUAUUGACCAAAAUGACAACAAACCCGUCUGUACCCAAAAUCCUUUUCGAGGAGAGGCACCAGAAAGAUCGAAGGAAAACGUUUCUGUCAUACAAGUGACAGCAGAGGACCUGGAUGAUCCAGAAACUAGAAAUGGCAUUGUGCAUUAUAAACUGGUGGGACAGGAACCAAGCGGUGACGCCUUCUACAUUGACCCUACCACCGGAGUCAUUCGUGUAGCCUCUGUUGGCAUUUUGGACAGAGAGACUCAUCCUAUGUAUAAACUGGAUGUGGAGGCAGCAGAUAUGGAAGGACGUGGCCUCUCCACCACUUGUAUGGUUAUCAUCCGGGUCACUGAUAGCAAUGAUCAUCCCCCUAAAUUUAGCCAAAAAUCAUAUGAAAGUACGGUGCAAGAAAAUGAAGUGGGAGAAAUCGUCGCAAGGUUGGCCGUCACAGAUAAAGAUGUACCACUAACCGCAAACUCAAUGGUGAAGUUUUCCAUCAUCCAGGGCAAUGAGGAAGGAUUCUUCAACAUUAGCACCACUCCCAAUCAGAUGGAGGGAACCAUCACAACAACAAAAGGUGUGGACUUUGAGCAGCACAAUACUUUCGUUUUGCUGGUGGAGGUGGUGAACACUGCUCCAUUUGUGGUUCCUGUGGUCACCUCAACUGCCACCGUCACCAUCUUGGUGCAGGACAGAAACGAGCCGCCCGUCUUUGAGCCCGCAGAGAAGCGGGUCACUGUGCCUGAGGACCUCGCAGUGGGUAGCAUCAUCACUAAAUACACAGCCAAGGACCCGGAUACUUCUAGACGGCAGAACAUAAGAUAUAAGUUGCUGAGAGACUUUGCUAACUGGUUGGAGAUCACAGAAGAUACUGGACAUAUCAAAGUCAGAAGCUCAUUGGACAGAGAGGCCUCGUUCAUAAGGGAUGGAGAGUACACUGUUUUAAUAGAGGCAAAUGACAACGAUGAUGAUCCAGCCUCAAGUACAGGCACAUUGAUAAUCGAGCUGUCAGAUGUAAAUGAUAACGCCCCAGUGCUGGACCAGCGCAGAGUCCAGAUGUGUGCAACAGAACCAGUGCCCGUCCAACUGACCAUUACAGACCAAGAUGGGCCAGAAAACAGCGUCCCAUUCAGAGUCGAACUGCAUAAUGAGUUUCAAAACAACUGGACCAUCAUCAGAAACUCCAGCAGUCUAACCGGCGAUGUUGUGUGGCUGAAUCCUCUCAAACGUCUGGAUGUUGGCGAGUACCACCUGAUGCUGCGUGCGUUUGAUUCCCAGAUGUUAGCUCAGAACAGCUCUCUCAUGGUAGAGAUGUGUGAUUGUAAAGGUGAUGAUGUCAUGUGCCUCGCCGGCGUGCGUGCCGCUUACAUCCCACCCGUGUUGAUCUAUGUGCUGGCGGUCAUCUUUUGUCUUUUGUUGCUACUUUUGUUGCUUCUACUUCUUUUAAGAAGAAAGAAUGGAAAGAAGCAAACAUUUUUUAUUCAUAAAGAAGAAGACAGGGACAAUAUUUUAUAUUACAAUGAGGAAGGAGGCGGGGAAGAAGACCAGGACUACGAUAUGAGCCUGUUACACAGCAUACCAGAGGAACCCACCCACGUCUUCGGUCGACAAUAUCAUGAGGAGAGUGAAGAUAUUGGAAACUUCAUUAAUAAUAGUCUAUGUACGGCAGGCAUUGAUCACUCUUUGGCACCGCGUGACUCUUUGCUGGUGUUCGGUUAUGAGGGUGAAGGUUCGAGCUGUGGAUCUCUCAGCUCUCUUCAGUCCUCCAGCAGUGAUGACAGUCAUGAUUAUCAGCCGCUGAAGUACUGGGGCUCUCCAUUCACAAAACUGGCUGACAUGUAUGCAGGAGGUGAUGAUGAGUAACACGUCCUGGAAGUACAGUAUGACUCAGAACAUGUUUCAGGAAGGGCUGUAUCAGGUGUUUUUUAAGGACCGCCCUCAGUCCCGCCCACUUCCUGCUGCAGUUUCCACACCUGCCGAGCUUAAGGAAGCCAGACUGAUCCGCUGGU